CAUGCCAGGUCAACAAAAAGGUAAAAGAUAUUUUCCGAAAUGGGAUCCAUCUUUCCCAAAAUACCAAUCCCAUGUUCCUCUCCAAAAGCUGAUAACUGUCCUUGUACACAUCUCUCUCUCUCUAGUCUCUACUUACAAUACGAAAAUUACUAAAAAGACACUCCAUCCACAGUACCUCGUCAUUUCAUUUCUAUAGCUAUCUUUAGCUUUUAGCUUGUAGCUUCAAGCUCAUUUUGUAUUUUUAGGGUUUCUUUCUUUCAACAACCACAGAGAGAGAGAGAGAGAGAGAGAGAGAAAAAAAUGGUGAGCCCUGGAUCGCGACGAAUCGGAGAGACCGUGCCCUGCGAUUUCUGCAGUGAGCAAAUCGCGGUUCUCUAUUGUAGAGCCGACUCGGCCAAGCUCUGCUUGUUCUGUGACCAGCACGUUCACUCGGCGAAUCUUCUUUCGCGGAAGCAUCUCCGGUCACAGAUCUGCGAUAACUGUAGCUCCGAACCCGUUUCGGUUCGGUGCUCCACGGAUAACCUCGUGCUUUGCCAGGAGUGUGAUUUGGACGCUCACGGUAGUUGCUCUGUGUCGGCCUCACACGAUCGGAGCCCAAUCGAAGGCUUCUCUGGCUGCCCCUCAGCUCUCGACCUCGCUUCCCUUUGGGGCUUAGAUCUCGAUGAUAAGAAGGCGAAUCAAUCCGCGCCGUCCAUCCAGGACUGGUGCGGCGGCGGCGGUCAAGAUUUGUUCGUGCCUUCGUCGGCGUGGAUGUUCAACAACGACUAUAACAACAACAGCAAAUCGAGCGCGGGAUUGUGUUAUCAGGACUUGAUUGUUCCCAACAACAGCAGCAGCGGCGGCGCGAUUCUCGGCGGGAAUUGCGGGGGGAUCGUAACCGCUUCGAAGAGCUGCGGGAAGCAGAGGCACGUGAUUUAUAAGCAGCUGGUGGAGCUUUUCAAGAGGGAUUUACCUUGUGGUGGUGGCGAUAACGGAAGAGUUGACGGCGGCGAUGAUGAUCAUGGAGUUGUGGGUUCCGCUAAUAGUGGUGGUGGUGGUGGUGGUGGUGUUGUUCAAGUUCAACAAUCGGUGCAGCAGCAGCAACAUCAAACGGUGCCGUUUACGACUUUGCUUACGAUGCCAACGACGUCGCACGUGGAUUUGAAGGAAACCGAUCAUCGCACUGUGAGUCGGGAUAUGCUGUGGGAUUGUGAUCACAAUGCUCAGAGUACUCAGAUAUGGGAUUUUAAUCUAGGACGGUUGAGAGGUCAUGAAGAACCUGGUACACUGGAAGUUGCCUAUGGUGGAAAUGAGGCAGGCUUUAUGAUAAAAAAUAUUGGUGAACUCUUGAAAGAAUCCUCUUUGGCUAAUGCAAAAAUGUUGGGAGAUAUGUACCCAAUGAAUUGCCCUGUUACACAUGAUGAUAUGGCAUUUAAUAACAACUCAAAUAACCCAACAGCAAGCCAGGGGCCGGCGACAUCUGAAAGCAACAACCUACCUGUAGGAAGGUCAGAAUCAGUUUCAGCAUUUGGUAAAGCAAGAGGUUCCAGUGGCUCCAAAGACAUCCACUAUGUGGAGCAACCGUUUCUUGUGAGAGUUGAUUCUGUGCAAACAGCAGCUACAACCAAGGCUGACAUGGAGCUGUUGGCACAGAACAGAGGCAAUGCCAUGCAGCGUUACAAGGAGAAGAAGAAAACCCGAAGAUAUGAUAAGCACAUAAGGUACGAGUCAAGAAAAGCAAGAGCUGAUACCAGGAAGCGAGUGAAGGGUCGAUUUGUGAAGGCUAGUGAAGCUCCUGAUGGUUGUUAAAAGUCCACGCUGAGAUGCUUCUCCUUGCCCAUUGUCUGUAGAUAUAUCUCAUAAUCCUUUCUCAGUAAAUGUAUAAUUCUGCAGUCAAUUUUCUUGCAUUAA